GUUCAAAUUACCUGCAGUUCUGUGUCUGUUCACAUCGCUCGCUGCUCAUUUGCUCUCCGUGAAAUAACUUUGGCAACCGACCAAGAAUUGUGUUAGCUGAGCAAGGUUACCAUCCAAACCAGCUCCGACAGACAGCGUGUGUGACACAUGGGAAACCAGAGCUGCCUUUGUUAUUUUCUUUGCUGCCUGCGAAGAUUACCUACAAAUUAUGGCGGCAAACCAUUAAAGGCACCCCUGAAGACUCGUGGAUAUUAAUACCUAGAUAUAAUGACUAUUUCUACGGUGGCAUUCACAGCCAGGGCAAGGACAACUGGCUGCAGUCUCCGAACACCUCUGACAGAUGUAAGCUCGUCAGAACAUUGAAGUUUUGGCUGGAAGCAGAUCGGAAGAAGUGAAGGUUGAUUCUGGGACAUCAGCUCUUCCCCGAGAUGUCCCCAAAGGGUAGAGGAAUGAGCAAAACAUAUCUGCAUUCCUAAAAUAGCACCAGGCAGUGUGGGCUGGCUGGACAGCAGGAGGAAAAAAAAAACAUGAAAAGUACCUUACAGUCAUUCCAUUCAGAUUUUAUUUUGUUCAGUGUUUCACUGCAAGUCGCUCACAGUCCGCUUAUGGUCAGCAGCUUAGACGAAAGCUGCAGCUGCUACUAAUGCUACCCACGAUUAUGGCAUGGACUGCAGGGAUGAACACAAACCUCGGUGCACGGGAGAAUGACAGACUGUGUCAGUAAGAUCAUGUUUCACACCAUGUCAAUGUGUUGGCAGCAGGUCCUGGGUCUCACCCUGAUGGCUCUGAUAACUCGCUGCACAGUCAGCUGCCCGCCUCGCUGCGACUGCGCUCCCCACAUCAGGUCCGUGCUCUGCCACAGGAAGCGUCUGACUGCCAUUCCCGAAGGCAUCCCCAUCGAGACCAAAGUCCUGGACCUCAGCAAAAACCGCCUGCGCUGCAUUGGUCCCGGAGAUCUGGCCUCCUUCCCUCUGUUGGAGGAAGUCGACCUCAGCGAGAACAUCAUCACCAACCUCGAACCCGGGGCUUUCAGCAACUUGUUGAACUUGCGCUCCCUGCUGCUGAGGGGAAACCAACUGAAGCUGAUCCCCGCUGGCGUGUUCUCCAGGCUUGCCAACCUGACACGCCUGGACCUCAGCGAGAACAAGAUUGUUAUCCUGCUGGACCUCAUGUUCCAGGAUCUGAGGAAACUGAAGCAGCUGGAAGUUGGUGACAACGACCUGGUCUACAUCUCCCAGCGGGCGUUCAGUGGACUACUUGGGUUGGAUCAGCUCACCAUUGAAAAAUGCAACCUGACCUCCAUUUCGGGUGAAUCCCUGUCCUACCUUCAAAACCUGGCCACUCUCCGCCUGCGGCACCUUGCCAUCAGCUUCCUGGAGGAGCAGAACUUUCGGAAGCUCUAUAACCUGAAGGAACUGGAGAUCGACUCUUGGCCACUUCUGGAGACCAUCACUCCCACCACGCUCUAUGGUCUGAACCUCACUUACCUGUCCAUAACCAGCACUAACCUCUCCUCCGUGCCGUCCGGAGCCUUUAGAAACCUAGUCUAUCUCCAGAUGUUGAACUUGUCCUACAACCCCAUCACCACCAUCGAAUCUGGCUCGUUCCGUGACUUGAUCCGCCUGCAGCACCUGUACAUGGUCAACACCUUGCUCAGCACCAUCCAGCCGCACGCGUUCCUGGGGCUGAGGCAGCUCAGGGUGCUCAACAUUUCCAACAACCUCUUGGUGACCCUGGAGGAGAGCGCCCUGCAAUCGGUGGGGAACCUGGUGGUUCUCCGCUUGGACAACAACCCCCUGUCCUGCGACUGCCGCCUCCUGUGGCUGGUCCAGAAGAAGACAGCCUUGAGCUUCGACGACAACCAGCCAGUGUGCGCCUCCCCGGCGGACAUUCAGGGAAGCCGGCUGCAAGACUUCGAGGACACCGCCCUUCAGGACUACUUCACCUGUCAGAAGCCCAAGAUACGGGACAGGAAACCUCAACGGGUGACGGCGGGGGAAGGACAAACCGUCUACUUCACCUGCCGGGCGGACGGAGAGCCGGCCCCGGUGAUAAUGUGGGUGUCACCGCAGCGCAGGAUGAUCACCAGCAGAAGCAGCGGCAGAGCCACCAUCCUGCCGGGUGGCACCUUGGAGAUCCGCUUUGUCCAGGUCCACGACAGUGGCACCCACAUCUGCAUCGCCAGCAACGCCGGGGGCAACGACACCUCCUUCGCCGUGUUGACCGUGAAGGUGCAGAGAUCAGAAGGCGCCCUGUUUGCCAACAUGACCGGCGCUCUCUUGGAGUUCAACGAGACUGCCUUCAACGAAACCCAGGUCUUCCUGAAGUUCACUCUGGACCUCAAAACCAUCCUGGUGUCCACUGCGAUGGGCUGCAUCACCUUCCUAGGGGUGGUGCUCUUCUGCUUUCUGAUUCUGUUCGUGUGGAGCAGGGGGAGAGGACACCACAAGAACAACUUCUCGGUGGAAUAUUCCUUUCGGAAGGUUGACGGGCCCACAAUGAGCAGCGGGCAAGGAGGGGCCAGGAAGUUCAACAUGAAGAUGAUCUGACCCAGUGGGUCAGUCGUUGGUUGGUUGGUUGGUUGGUUGCAAGUACUUACUGUAGUCAACACGUUGAACCAUAAUGGACGUCUGCCUAUGAUGUUCUAAUGAUAAGCAUCAUCAAUAAUAUUUGUAUGAGUUACCCUGGCUCGGCUAGGGCAAGAGCAGUAUUGCAUGCUGUAUAUAGUCACUCAGUCCUAAGACAAAUGUUGUCACCCGACCGGUUUGCAAAAAUACCUGUUUUUGACACAUCGGGGUAGAAAUCGAUUUGUGAUCCAGUUUGAAUGUGUGUCCUGUGGUAGCAAGGGUGAAAUGGGAUGGUAGGAAUCUCAUGCGGGUACGUCGCCAGUGAGCGGUUGCUUUGAGGUGCAAGGAGACUCUUCCAGCUCGGCCUGACACAGUCAAACAUGGCCCAGGGGUUGGAAGUAAGGUGGAGCCCUUGAGUUGCACAGAUGCAGAGCCAAGCGGCUCAUUUCGGGCAGAUGCCAAGAACAGCUGGAUGCUCCCAUCCAGAUGUUUGGCCUUUGGCCAAGGGAAGUUGUCAGCCUGGGAACCCGGUUCAAGGCCAGAACACAAAGCAAGGGCCAGUUUCGCUUGCAUCCAUUCUCUAUGCAUUCCACUCAGGUAAUCUACCUUUUGAAUUUUUCUUAAAUGCCACAUAUUCAGGAAAGCGUAAAAGCCCAGGUGGAAAAUGUUGGCUUAGCUUCCCAUGACACUUACUGAAGAAGGGUCAUGACCAAAAACACCCCCUAUCCAUGUCCUGCAGAGAAGCGGCCUGAUGUGCUGAGUUACUCUAGCACUUUGUGUUUUACCCUGUCCUAACUGAUAGAAUCUUGGGCUACAGUGAUUGUUAAGUCAAAUAGUCGACUUGUAACCUGAAUAUUUCCAGCCAUUCUGUAUUAUACGACCUUGAGAAAUCAUGGUCACCCCCUCUGGGAGGUGGAAGGUUGAAAUCAUUCCUUAAUGUUGGAAGCAUUGGUUGGAGGUAUAACCUAGAUUAUUUUGGCCAAUCUUUUCACCUCUAUUGCUUCAAUAAUCAUCUCAAUUUGGAGUUCUUGCAAUAGGCAAUACAAUGGAUAACUAUUCAGAUUGUACACAUUGUGAGAAAGUAAUGGAACUGAUUAAUUAUGACGAUGCAAUUUUCUUGAAUAUGACUACGUAAAUGUAUUAUGACCUUUUUGUAUGCAGAAACUUGUUUUAACUUUCGGAAUAGUAUCACUGUUCUGGCUUACAAUGUCAAGAACACCAUAACAACUUGUGUAAUAUUGUUUAAUUGAGUGUAUUUAUUGUAUUGUAAAAAAUAUCCUAGCAAAGAUAGUGCAUCUUUACUGAUGAUCUGCAAAAUACUUCUGCAGCUUUCCACAUCAUUUUAUCCAGGCAACAAAUGUUUCUCGAUCCCACUUGAUCAAAAACGCUUAGAGCAAUGAUGUAUUUUCCAUCCACAUCGUUUCACUAACACCAUAAAUAAUGCUCAAAUUGUGUGAUACUUUAACAAGCAGAUAAUAUAUAUUUUUUAAGUGGCUGCCUUGGCAUGUGGGACACGAUUGACUCCAGGAAAGAAAUCUCAAGCAAAUACAAAUAUUUGUGCAAAGUAAAUGUUCAUCUUUCAUUUUGAUGAUGCUGUCAUUUUGGAACAGACACAAGGCUAGGAAUUCUCUCUUGCUGAUGGAUAAUCAUACUUACUUUAUUAGCCAAGUAUGUAUACUAUUUGAUUUGCCAU